AUGCCACUCACUGUUGACCCACCAGCGUGCACCGUCCCAGCUGCCGGCGGAGCUUCGAAGCAUGCGCUCAAGAAUGAUGGAACCGACAAGGUUGUCUUCAAGAUCAAGUCGUCGAACAACAAUGAGUACCGUAUCCAGCCAGUAUUCGGAUUCGUCGAUCCAUCGGGUCAAACUGAAAUCAACAUCACCCGUCUCGCGGGAGCUCCAAAGGAGGACAAGCUUGUGAUCCACUAUGGAAAUGCUCCAGCCGACGCGACCGAUGCUCAAGCAGCUUUCGGAGCCGUCCAGGGAGCGCAGACCGUCAACUUGCCAAUGUCAGCCACCGCCUAA